UAAGUAAAAACAAGAGAUCCACGGGAACAUUUGAUUGUUAGAAGUGUUGAGGGAGAAGACCAUAUUAACGUUGCAUUGUCGUUACAGAUGGAGUUUACUGAGCUGUAGAAGGUGGCAACUCCUUCCUCAGGAAAUCAGGACAACAUUCUGUUUGUUUUUACAUUAGCCUCUUUCCGUGUGACCUGGUUACUGCUGUUUGGAACAACUGUUGUUAACUAUAAUAUGGACCAGGUAUGUGGUGAACCAUCAGACACAGGUGGCUUCUACAAGGAAUGCAGCACAUUUCCAUUCCCAUCUGAAGCAUAUGUUGGCCCUGAGAUUACACACAAACUUGGAGAAAAGUACUGCAAUGUUUACACAGAGUGGACCUACAGCGAUUUGGAGCGCAUGGAAAAGAUCAAGUUCUGCCGUUCUUAUGUCGUAUUCUAUGAUAACUAUAAAGUUAUGUAUGCUGCCUCAUCUGGGAACUCCACAGAGAUUCGUGGACAGUUGUUAAGCAGUGAAUCUCCUUCAGGCAGCUUGAAAGCUGUACUAACUAAGGUUGAUUUGAAAGGACAGCAGUAUUUAGAGGUUUGGAGGAAGAACAGAAAAGUAACGAAUGUCAACCUGAGUACCUUGGAUAAGCAUGGCAAGAUCUACGAAGAUGAUGAAUUUGGGUGUCUGUCAUGGUCUCAUUCAGAAAAUCGAAUAUUGUAUGUGGCUGAAAAGAAACGUCCUGUUUCAGACUCCUUUUUCCCUAGCAAAUAUCAGGAACCUACAGGUAGCACUGAGAAGAUGGGUGAAAACAUUACCCCAAGAAAACAAGAGAAGCUCCAAAAGGGGGACCAGUUUGUGUUUUAUGAAGACUGGGGUGAGGCCCUAGUGUCUAAAAGCAUCCCUGUUCUGUGUGUGCUGGACCUUGAAAGCAAUAAUAUUUCAGUAUUACAAAGUGUUCCUGAUGAUGUUUCCCCUGGGCAGGCAUUUUGGGCUCCUGGUGACAAUGGAGUUAUUUUUGUUGGAUGGUGGCAUGAGCCUUUUAGACUUGGGCGGAAGUACUGCUCAAAUAGACGGUGGGAGCACAUUAACAUCAUGGAAAUGAGAGCAAUCUUAUUUGUCUUGAGAGCGUUUCUGCAUAUCCUAAAACAAGAAUCCCUGAAGUUGUUCACAGAAAACACUACAGUUCUAUGGGAUAGAAUAACAUUACAGGCCAAUCCUUUGUUCCUUUCAAAGGUGGUGUCAGUAUCUAACAUCAAUCAGAAAACUAAUUUGACAGUUUUCUUUCCUAAGUUUGCAAACAAAGAAAUGUUGUCAUCAGAUACGAAUGCUGUUUGGUCUCCUCGUCUUAGCCCUGACAAGACCUGCAUUGCCUAUCUAGAGGAAGGGGUGUUUGGACCCCAUCGUCAGUGUGCAAAACUCUGUAUGUACAACUGGAAUACGAAGGUAUGCACAACAGUCCUGGAUAUCGUUCACCAUCCUAAGGAAGAUGAGUUUACUGGGAUUUACUGCAAUGCUCUGCCACCAUCCUGUUGGUCUGCAGAUAGUCAGAGAGUGGUUUUUAGCACUCCACAGAGGAGCAGAAAGGAAAUAUUUGCAGUGGAUAUGAAAACAGGAAUUCCAAGUUCUCUUACAGCAGGUAUGUUUGAUAUAUUACUAUGUAGAGAGGGAUCGUCUGAGGGUAGUUGGACAUUACUGUCCAUUCAAUGCGAUCUUUUGGUGGCCAGCUCUUCUUCUCCAAACUGUCCUCCCAAUCUGAAAAUUGGAUUCCUGUGCCCUUCAGGAAAAGAGCAAAAUAUCAAAUGGGUAAUGUUGGAAAAUUCUGAACCAGUGUCUACAUUUGAGUGGAAUAUCCUGUCCAUCACUUCACCAACAGUACAGCUGAACCCCAGGUUUCCCUGUUUGGAUUAUGAAGUUAUUCUUCUCAAGCCAAAGACUGCCAGAGAAUGUAAUAAGUUUCCAUUUGUGGUAUGGCCUCAUGGAGGCCCACAUUCUGUGUUUGUGUCCGAGUGGUCAUUUUUCCCUGCUCUACUUUGUCAACUGGGUUUUGCUGUCCUGUUAGUGAACUACAGAGGAUCAUUGGGAUUUGGACAGAACAGCAUCAUGUCAUUGAUUGGGAAUGUUGGAGAGCAGGACGUAAAAGAUGUGCAGAAUGCAGUGAUGCAUUUAAUACAAGAGCAGCCCUUAGACCCUGUUAAAGCAGCAUUGGUGGGUAAAUCACACGGAGGAUUCAUCUGCUGUCAUCUGAUUGGCCAGUUUCCAGAUUUCUACAAAGCCUGUGCAGUUAUGAACCCUCUUGUUAAUUUAGUUUCUACCCUGGGCAUCACAGACAUAACGGACUGGCGUUAUGAGGAGGUGGGGUUGAGUUUUCAGUUUAAUCGCCUUCCUUCACCUGAAGUCUUAAAAACAAUGCUGGAAAAGUCCCCAAUUCUGUUUGCACCUCAGGUAAAAACUCCAGUUUUACUAAUGGUGGGUGAGAAGGAUAAGCGAGUUCCUCCACAGCAAGGAAUGGAAUACUUUCGUGCUCUGAAAGUCCAUGGGGUUUCAGUACGAUUACUUUUAUAUCCAGAUACUAACCAUUCUUUGUCGAAUCUAGUGGCUGAGUCUGAUAGCUUCAUGAACGUUGCCCUUUGGAUUAUAAAGCAUCUGAAAAAGUGACUUCAUCAGGAUUAUAAAGCAUCAGGACAAGUCACUUCGUCUGGUUUCUAUGAAUGAAGAAUCUGGCGGAUUGGAAGUUGUAAUGCAUUCUGUAAAGUGGCUAGUUUAUGCCAAGGAAUUCUUUUUACAGAAUAAUAGUAAAUUAAAAGGCUAAACAUAUAUAUAUCUGUUUGUGUGUGUGUGUGUGUGUGUGUGUGUGUGUGUGUGUAUAUAUAUAUAUAUAUAUAUAUAUUACAUGAUGAUCUUCAGUGCAAGUAUGUAAAGUUGUAAAGUUCUAUCUCUUUUUGUAUGGCAUAGUUCUUAAGAAAAUAUUGAUAUUUAUUCUAGAAGUUUGUUCUGACAAAAAUACCUAUUUUAUUUUCACUGCUUGAUAAAUGAUAAUGAUAAAAUAUCUAAUAUUACAUUGUAUAUUACAAAACAAAAUCUGUUUUUGAAACAUUUGUUGCCUUUGAGUAAGCUUUUACAGUAAUAGUGCCUUAAGUCAGGUUCAUUUUAUAUUCGUAUGUAACAAUUUUACAAAUUCUUGAAUGGCAUUAGCAGCAGUGUUUGAAAACAUACAUAUCGUGUUUUACUAUGGAUAGGGUAACAUACAGAGGUUUGACAAGAUUAGUUACUUCCAUGGCUAGUAAUCAAAGGAGUAAAAACAUCACUGAAUAUUAUCAAAAAUGACUUGGGAAAUCUAAACAGGCUUAAGAUAUGAUUCACUCAACAUAUGGAUAAGUUAUGUAGGGAAUCUUCUAAAACAGUGGCUAGGGUGCCACAGUUUAUCUCAGUAGACUCUGAAACUUCUGCACUUCCCCAACACCUUAAUCAAAAAUACAGUAGAAUAUUCUAUUGCCCUAUGGACACUCUGAACAGAUGAAAAGAUUAGAAAAAAUGCAAAAGCUGUAUACCAGAAGUGAAGGACUUGAGUGCAUACAACUAUAAGGAUAAGUUAAAAUUAUUAGGGGUAUAUUCUGCUAUGUAAGCAGGAUAAGUGAUGGCUUGAUGUUAAUAUUUAUGGCUUUUCAAGAUGAGUACUUUCUUUACUGUGUAUGAUUGAAAGCUUAUUGGACUAGAAAUAAAUAAAGGAGAAGAGAUGAAGGUUACAUAAAAUGCAUGCAUUACUAAACUUUAAAAAGCACUGGUACAGUCAGACAGUUGCAGAUACUUCAGAUAAACUGUCUUGUGUUGCAAAAUUUUGUAAAGAUAAGGAAAAAAUUCAAAAAUUAAAUGGAUAGUAUGAGACUUAAAAUUAAGUUCUAGUGAUGACUGCAUAGGUAAAGGAAGGGAAAUUCCUUAAUACCCAUAUUUUUGGUUUUCAGUUUUAUUUUGAAAGGAGAGGAGUGUUGUUCAAACUCUGAACUUUAUUUUGUACACAUAGGCCACCAACCCUUUCUAACUAGUCACUUACCCACCUGAAGUACUCAGGGAGGGGAAUUAUUCAUGCUUUCUAGUUAAUUUUCCUAAUGGAAGGAAGAGCGAGUCCCCUUAUCUAUUCUUUUAACCAGUACUUUCACUCCAGUUUUGUUGACAGUGUAUUUUACAAUAUGUAAACUUGUCUUCACAAGGUUGAUUCAUAUAGUUUAUGUUUAGAAUGGAGCUUAUUUAGUUUUGGUUACUUUGAUAGUUUGUAACUUUCUGAUGCUCUAUUUGUAUUAUUAAUCUGAAAACAAUAACUUGUCUUUAAGUUACAAGUUAUAUACUGUUGCCAUUGUUUCAGAUUAAUAUUUUGUAACAUUUAAACCUGUCACACAAUGCUGAGUUACUUUUUCAUGUUUAACACAGUGCCUUCAAAUCUAAGAUCCAUGGUGCAAGUCCACCGUGUUUUACAUUCAUGAUUGUGAGAACCUUCUAAUUACAGAGCAUAAGAAUGAUACCUUCUAUUGUUAUAUUUGGAUUAGUGAUGUUCCUUUGUUGUGCCAGUCUAAUGUUUUUGUACAAUCAGUAAAUUAAGAGGUUGGUAACAGUUAUUAACUUAUUUGUUAUGCCACUACCCAUUAUGUUAAUAAUCACCUGGGUAUUUUAGGCAAUUAUAUAAUUUUCAGAGCUGAAACAUGCUUGUGCAUAAUUUUGUACUGAAAUGUCCUAUGUUUUGCAAGUUUCCACUGUUUUUUUAAUACUUUACAUAAUUUAAUACAGUCUUGCCAGUUCAGAUGAAAGAAAACUUUACAUUACUUUGUACAGUCUAGCUUAUUGUAAAAUUUAGAUAUUGUUUUGUACUUCAGAUCAAGUUAUGAUUUCUUCCUUGUAACUUUGUUUCAAAGAGACUUAAAAAGCAAAAAGAAUCUAUGUGUCUUACAACUGUCAGUAAAGAAGCUAAUUUUUAUUCAUAAUUACUACUAGAAAACCAAGUCUUUAUUUAUUUAUUUUUUUUAAUUUUACAUUUGUUUACCGGGAAAGUCCGACUGGAACAAGGUCCAUUUACA